AUGUUUAUUAAGUUAGUGGUCGGAGGGCUCACUCUAAAUGUCAUUAGCGCAUACGCGCCCCAAGCGGGUUUGGAUGAAGAGGUUAAGAGGUGUUUUUGGGAGGGUUUGGAUGAAGUGGUGCGUGGUAUCCCGCCCACGGAGAAGUUAUUUAUAGGAGGGGAUUUCAACGGGCAUAUCGGAGCGUCUGCCAGUAGUUAUGGCGAGGUGCAUGGUGGUUGUGGCUUUGGGGUUAGGAACGGAGGUGGAACUUCUCUAUUGGAUUUCGCCAAGGCUUUUGAGUUGGUGAUAGCGAACUCUAUGUUCCCGAAAAGAGAGGAACAUUUGGUUACUUUUCAGAGUACGGUGGCUAAGACUCAGAUUGAUUAUCUGCUUCUAAGGAAGUUUGAUAGAGGGUUGUGCAAGGAUUGCAAGGUUAUCCCGAGUGAGUCACUCGCAACCCAACAUCGGCUGUUGGUGGUGGACGUCAGCAUUCCGAUGAGGAGGAAGAGGAGGGUGGUUCGGAGUAGCCCGAGGAUUAGGUGGGGUGCCUUGACGAAGGAGAAAGCUCAAGAGCUGGAGAGGGGGCUAUUGGCUAUGGGGGCCUGA